AUGGCAGAGAGUAGCUCCAGUUUUAGUGAUAAUGCUCCAACAUUUUCCGGGAGAAGCUCAAAAAGAAAAACUCGAAAUGAAAGUGAAAAACGACGACGAGAUACUUUCAAUCGGUUGAUUGGUGAAUUGACAUUGUUAGUUACAAAGGGCGAUCGUAAAAUGGAUAAAAGCAGCGUGUUGAAGUGCGCAAUCAAUUUCCUCAAACAACAACAUUUUCAAGCCCAAUCGACAAGUGAUGAAGCAUCGGACAUAGCAUUGGAUUCCAAGUUGCGCAUCACGACCGGUUGCAAUCUUCCGGAAACUGUUCAACUUUAUAUGGAUGCUCUGGCAGCUGGGACUUUUUGCAUUCACUGUUCGGGACAUAUUGAACAUGCAUCCACAAGCUUUGCUGCACUUUUUGACGAUGAAAUCUCUGAAUUACAAGGGAAGAAUUUCUUCGAUUUACUAGAUGAUACAUCAGCAGAAAGCUUCGGUGGAGCUGUAUCCACCGAGGUAUUACAGUUUGUAUCCACUAGUACCACUAUGCAUAGUAAAACGACUCUUCGAGAAACAGUUACAACGAAGAAAUUACGUCGGCAGCUACUGGUCACUGGUUAUUUGAAGCAAAUAACACAUAAUAAGGAUCGCUCAUGCAUGCCGGAUACGGUUACAGAAAGUGGAAUUGAUAAUAGCACAGCAAGGAUUAUUAAAAUUAUGGAACCAAAUGAAUCUCUCCGGUUUGUUGGUGUUAUUGUUCCGUUAUCAAAUCGGCCAGAAUCAGAAGUAACGCUGGAAACGAUUAGUUCGUGGGAACGAAGAAAUGCUAAUUUCACCAUACUCUACAAUACUGAAUUCGUUUGUGUUGAUGCUGAAGGAUGUCAAUUAUUAGGUUAUAGUCGAUUUGAUCUACUUGGAACAAGUGGUUAUGAUUAUAUUCAUAUGGAUGAUUUGUUGCAAGUAGCUGAAAGUCAUACACAACUGAUAAAACUUGGCACCCAUCAAAUAAGACCACAUCGAUUACAAACAAAAUCAAAUCAGUGGAUUUGGGUUAACUGUACUGCGAUUAUUGAAACUCAAAGGUCAAUUAAAGGUGUACGAUGUAAUUAUAAUGUUAUAAGCAUGGAAAAUGUGAAGAAAUUCAAAGAAACAAUUACAUCUGUAAAAGUAAAAUCCGCCGAAAUUCCAUCAUUGUCAACAGCAAGUAGUGGAAACAGUUCACAAAAUGGUCGUUGCACUAAAUAUGUUAUCAGUACCGUUGUUUGUCUUUAUCAAUUACUUCACCAUCGGCGAUUAGAAAUGAUCUCACAUCAUUCUCUCUUAUAA